AUCAUGACCUGAGUCAAAAUCAGGAGUCAGAUGCUUAACCAGCUGAGCCACCCAGGUGCCCCUGUGCUUUUCCCGUUCUAUAUUCCUACCCACCAGAUGGGCCUUCUCUCCCUGAUGCCUCCGUAUAUGUUUGCUGCACAUCAGAGUCACCCCUCCCACUCUACAUGUUUUAGCUGUCUCCUGCUAAGCAAGCCCUCACCCAGAUGGGACUGUUCUGAGCUACUUGUGUAUCCGUGAAGAUUGCAGACGAAACGUUCAGUUUUAUUUCACCUAAAUGGCAUCUUGAAUCAUACACUGUGUCUUCCCAGUAAGCCAUACAAAGAGCUCAGAAAGAGCCACUGUGGUAGGCAGAACAACACCCCUCUCCUUCCCCAAAAGAUGUGCGUGUCCUAGCCUUUAGAACCUGUGGAUGCGUUAUUUCACACAGCAAAAGGGACUAGGAGCGAUGAUAAUGGAUCUUGAUGUGGGAAAUUAUCCUGGAUUAUUUAUGUUGGGCCCAGUGUAAUCACAGUGUCUUUGUAUAGUGGUAGGAGGGGCAGAGUCUGAUGUUUCACUGCUGGCUCUGAAGAUGGAAGACAGGGCCAUGCGACAAGGAAACUAGGUGGCAUCUAGAAGCUGGAAAAGGCAAGCAAACAGAUCCUGCCUUUGAGUCUCCAGAAGGAAGCAACACUGCUGAAACCUUGCUUUAGGACUUCUGUCCAGACCUGUGAGCUAAUAAAUUUGCAAUGCUUUAAGCCAUUAAAUUUGUGGCAGUUUGUUACAGCAGCAAUAGAAGACUAACAACCACAGUGGAAUUUGGAAAUAGUAAUAGUAGGCAUCAGGCCUUCUUGGUGUUGGUUGUUGCUGGAAUGAUCAGGGCCCCCAAGUUCAGCUGUUUACAUUCACAUUUAUCAUACCCAUUUUGUAGGUGAGCCUGCCAGACCUGAGAGAAACAGUGUUGCUUGGUUAAAGUGGGGAGGGGCAGACCUGUUGUCCAGCCCUGCUGUCAGAUGAGCCCCACCUCACACCUCCCAGAAGACCUGGCUGAUGGCAGAUCCUACAGCCAGGACACUGUGUUGGGGGCUGGCCCCAGGAUGGAGGCUCGGGCCCAGAACUCCAGGCAGGGAGGCAUCCCCAAGGCAGAUCUCCAGGGAGCCGACAGGGGCCAGGAGGAGAGGCCCGAGAUGGAGCUAAGGCCCCUGGCGGAGGACCCAGCUAAGAGACGCCCCUCUCGGGAGGGAGACCUACAUGGAGGGACAGCAGGCAGUAAGAUGGCUCCCCAAGGCAGGGGCUCCUGGAGCUGGGGCCUUGGUGUGAGCCCCAGUCCGGGGACCCGCCUGAGUGCAGGAGCAGGACCGCUGGUACAAGAGCCAUGUGGCCCCACCUCCUCUCAGGACCCUGACCUAGUCACUCCCCGGGGGCCACAUGCUGGGGAGGGCCCCUGUUGGUGCCCAGUCGGUACCAGGGCCUCCAGCCACAACUGCUGCCUGAUGCAGCAUCUCAGAACACCCCCUGAGGAAAAGUCCCUGGUGUGUGAUCACUGUGGAGGCCAGGUGUUGCGCUGGUGCUGCCCCGGGACGCAGCUGUCCGAGAUCCACACAGAGGAUGGGUCACAUGAACGGCGCUCAGGCACCCAGACCUUCCCAAAGACCCUGCAAGUGACCGUCCUUCAGCAGAACCCCUUGGAGGACUGCAGUUGCAUUGAGGACUUUACCCGGAGGGCCCGGCUGGCCUCGCAGGAAAUGAUGCAGAUGGCAAAGGAGCCCCUCCUGUGUGCGCGGUGUGGAAAGCGCUUUGGCUCCAACAAGCAGCUGCAGAUGGCUGAGGGCCCCUUAAUGUGUCUUCAGUGUGGUCGGGCCUCAGGUCCUGGCUGCAGUGCCCCUGACCCCCCGGCCCAGCGGCUCUACGUCUGUGACCAGUGCGGCAAGGCCUUCACGCGCACCUCGAGCCUGCUGCAGCACGAGCGCAUCCACACCGGUGAGCGACCCUAUGAGUGCGCUGAGUGUGGCAAGGCCUUUGUGCGCUGCUCCGGCCUCUACCGCCACCAGAAGACACACUCAGCCGAGCGCCACCGCCGCAGCCUGGCCCUGGCCCGGAGGUCCUUCCUCUUGGGGUGCCCGCCCUGUGGGGACUGUGGCGAGGGGACCCAGGGGCCUCCACGGGUGCCCGUUGCCGGGGAGAAGCCAUACGAGUGCGCCGAGUGCACCAAGGCCUUUGCCCUGUUCUCGCACCUCGUGGAGCACCGGCGCGUGCACACGGGUGAGAAGCCCUACGCGUGCCCGGAGUGUGGCAAGGCCUUCAACCAGCGCUCGAACCUGAGUCGGCAUCAGCGCACGCACAGCAGCGCCAAGCCCUACGCCUGCCCGCUGUGCGAGAAAGCCUUCAAGGGCCGCUCGGGCCUGGUGCAGCACCAGCGCGCGCACACCGGCGAACGGCCCUACGGCUGUCCCGAGUGCGGCAAGACCUUUCGCGGGUGCUCCGAGCUGCGCCAGCACGAGCGCCUGCACUCGGGCGAGAAGCCCUACAUCUGCCGAGACUGCGGCAAGGCCUUCGUGCGCAACUGCAGUCUGGUCCGCCACCGGCGCACGCACACGGGCGAGCGGCCCUACGCGUGCGCCGAGUGCGGCCGCGCCUUCAGCCAGCGCUCCAACCUCAACGAGCAUCGCAAGCGGCACGCGGGCCGCGCGGCCUCGUGACCGCGCGCGCCUCUGGAAGCCUGCAAAAACGGUUGUAGUCUUUCUUAAACCUCACUUGGUACUGCGUCCGCAGGCUUCCCCGACUCGUUUUAUUUGACCCUUUCAAGUGGGCACAUGGUAAUGGGUUCUGGCGAAGUGCUAAUAAACACAGGAAUGAAGCGC